AUGGCCCGCAAGAAGAGAACUGGAGCCGCAGCGACUUCCGAGGAGUCGGCUGUCGCGAACCCGACUCCGGUGCCCCAGAAGGCUGAGAAGGCUGCGCCGAAACACGAAGCGAAUGCUCCACCGUCUGACCAGGCGCAUGCACGCGACAGCACCCAGGAAUUGUUGGCGGCGACAGCCGUCGUGGCUCGUCAGCAGGUGGACACGAGCAACAUGAGCGCGUCUCAGAAGAAGAAUCUGAAGAAGAAGAUCCGCAAGCAAGAACAGCGCCAGCAGGAGGCAGCCGUGCUCGCGGCGGUCCGUCCGGAGACCGCAAAGGCGGCGACUGGAAUGGCUGGUCACUACGCUGAGCAGGAGACGACGAUCCGUCGGCGCCUAGAGGGCCUGAAGCGGGCGGUGAGUCAGUUCCAGUCGGGCGGUCGCGGCGCGGCUGGCCCGAACGCGAAGAAACUCGGCCAGGACUUUGACAGUCUCCUCCGCGAGAUCGACGCCACCCUGGAGCGGGAGACGGCCGCGCUCCAGAAGCCGCUGAGCAAGCGGUCGACUGUCCAGCAGCUGCAGCAGCAAAUUCGCGACGUCGAGGCCCAGGUCCAGAAACAACAACGCGAGCUGCAGCGCCAGGCGAAUCAAGGCCAACCGGGCGACGGACCGAGCGCCGGGGAACUCCGGGGCUGCCUAGAGGAGAGUCUCCGCUACGUGGUCCACCUGCGGGAGCAGCUGAUCCUCACGCAGCAGCAAAACGAACUCCGCGUCUUCCGAGACCGCCUCACGGCCCUCAAGACCGAAGGCGAGAGCCUCCUCAAGGCGCUCCACGCAGGCGGGAACUCGCCAGGCGAACGCGGUCGCGGCGCAGGAUCGCCCUCGAACGGCACUAGCGGGGCCUCGGGCGCGAAGGAGGCGCAGUGGCGCCGGCGCCUCGGCGACUUGGCCCGCGGGCCCUCGGCGGACCGCCAGAAGCGGGAGCAGAAGCCUGAGGAGAACGCGACGCUGCCGCCUCUCGUGGUCCAGCACGUCAACCUUGGCCCGGAUGCUAUGGGUCUGCUCUUCCCAGGUGGUCAGAACCCCGUGCUGGUGCGCAAGUUGGAGCGGUCGUGCGGCUUAAUCGUCGACAGACACAGCGGCGGCGCAGGCCGUGCGGGCGUAGUCUCCGUCGUCGGUCUCCAGGCGCCCGCUGUCGAGCGCUGCGUUGCGAUGCUCGCGUCGCUCGACGAAGGCAUGCAGCCCGAGAAGCGCGAGAAACACCGUGUGGUCGUGGAAGGCCGAACCAUCGGCAGCGUGAUCGGAGCCGGAGGCGCAAACCUGCGCCGCGUCGAGGAAGAGAACGACGUCGUCGUCUGGGCCGAAGGCAACGAAAUGAUCGUCAUGGGCGCCACGCCGGCCAAGAUUGCAGAUGGCGUUCGCCAGCUGAAGGAAGUCGUCGCGUCGCCUGCGGCCUCCGCCUCGGGCGCCGGCAGCCCCGGGGGUGCGACGAGCCUAACCUUUCCUGCGCCGAUCGCUCGCGCCCUUGCAGGACCGAGCUUCCGCGCAGUUCUUCGCGAGGUGGAAAGCGAACUCCACUGCGCCAUCCGAGCCCCGAAGGGCGGCGCCGAAGGCGUCAUCCUCGUUCAGAACGCGAGUCCGGAGAACGCAGCGGCGGUGGCGAAGCGCCUGAAGGACGAGGCCUCGAAGUUGGUGGUCAAGACGAUCAGUGCAGAUGGGGAAAAGGUUCUCAAACUCCUAAAGGGUAACGCGCCGGGUUUCAUCGCCAGCUCGAGGGAGAAAGACCACGUGACGUACUUGCGUGGAGAGAACGAACUGACCGUUGUGGGGCCUUCCGCAGUGAUUGACGAGGCCGUGACCGCAGCGGAGGAGGGGCUUCUUCUGCUGGACCGGGUGACGGGCCAAGUCACCAUUCCGAGGAACCUGUCGCGCGUGGUCACGCGUGCGAAGCGGGGACACAUCGAGAAGGCGACAGGCGUCUUGUUCCGGCCGCCGCGAAACCCCGCCACUGGCGACUUGGUGCUUUCGUUCAUGGGGACGAAGGAACAGGUGGAGGCAGCGCGCGAGAUGCUGAACACAGUCCUCAAGGAAGAGGGUUUCAGCGAGGCGAUGCCUGUCGGCAAGGAGAUGACGGCGGCGCUGUUGGCGGAUCGCGGCCAGGGUGUGCGCGACUUGGAGGAGCAGUUUGGCGUCACCGUCUCCAUUGAGAGGCGCGAACACCGGUUGGUGGUACGCGGCAACGAGGCGGCCGUGCAGGCCUGUUUGGCGGCGCUGCGGGAGCGACAAGACCGCGAAUUUGCGGACGAGAAGGACGACUCUGUCGUGGAACGCGUGGCGGUUCCGAAAGAACAGGUCGCGGCGAUCAUUGGACGCCACGGGGCGCGCGUCCGCAAGAUCCAGACGCAGAGUGGAGUCGAGUCGAUUCGCAUGGACGGCAGCGAGGGAGUCGCGGUGAUUCGCGGCUCGGCCGAGGCAGUCGCGAAGGCGGUCAAGCUGAUCGAGGAGGCGCUGAAAGAGGGGACGGGAGCGGCGCAGUCGGGAAGCGACAACGAAGACCAGCGAACGGAAGACGUCGAGGGCGGUGCGCGGGGCAACCGCCGAGGCCAGCGAGGCGGGCCAGUGAAGCGCGCGCCUCAGAAGCCUCUGAACGUCGACGCCUCGGACGAGACAGCCUUUCCCUCGCUGGACGCCGCGGCUCUGAACGAAGGCCGGAGCCGACCCGGCGCAGGGCGGUGGAAGCGCGGCGGCCGGAGCGCGAAACCCGGAACUGAAGAAGAGGCCGUGAACGGAGUCGCCACACAAAACGGCACGCACAAGCGAGAGGAAGAAGUGCCGACUGGAGACGCGCCGAACGCUGGCGAGGUCUGCUGCAACUGA